AUGGAGCCCGCGUCCUUGGACUUGCUCGGCGCAGCACGGGGGAGUGGGCGGCCCUCGACUUCCCAGAGAAGAGGAGGCGUUGCGCGCAUCACCGGCCGGCCGCGGCCAAUCCGAGCUGGCUCCGCGCUAGAUGCUAGGAGGUCUCUCGUCGCAGGGGCAGCUGGGAUCGUGAUCAAAAGGGCAGUCCGACUUCGUGGUCGCAUUGGGUGCAAGCAGGCGCAGGCAGCUGACUCGAAAGUGGACUUGCUCCAGGAGCGAUGGCAGCUUGGCCGCUGGCGCCUACGAGGUCGCACGGUGCUGGCGCCUAUGGAGCAGGUCACUGACUGCGCUUUCCGUCGGCUUUGCUACGAGAUGGGGGCGAGCUUCACCUGGACUGAGAUGGUUCGAGCAGCGGCACUGCUCCGUCGAAACAACUCGACGACCAGCAGGAUGGACACCCUCGAUUCCUCGACACCAACAGGUGUGCAGCUCUUGGCCAGCAGCCCGGAAGAGCUCAGCGAGGCUCUGCAGCUUAUCGAGGACCGGGCCGCGAACGACAAGCCACACUGGGCAACAGGAAUUCAUGGCAUCGACUUGAACUUCGGCUGCCCAUCACCCCAUAUCAUCAAUGAUGGACUCGGCCCGGCGAUGCUGAAUCGGCCCUUUGUGCUUCGAGAGAUGUUCGAGCGCCUUGCAGAGUGGCGGUCGCAGACUUCCCUGCCCAUCGGCGCAAUCGGCGCCAAGAUGCGGCUGGGCCUCAAUGAAGACGAGGAGCGGCGCGAGGUGUACCUGCGUGCCAUCCGAUAUGCGAAAGGCCGCUUGGACUAUGUGGUCCUGCAUCCUCGCAAUGCUCGCGAGGAAUCCAAGAAAAGCCCGGCGCGCUGGGAGCAUAUCCGAAAAGCGAAGGAGCUGGCAGGUACCCGGCUGUCGAUCAUUGGAAACGGUGAUGUGUUCUCGAGAAGCGAUGCAGAUCGCAUGCUCCGUGAGACGGGCUGCGAUGCUGUGAUGAUUGCCAGAGGUGCAACGAAGACGGUCGGCACUAUCUUCGAUCCAGAAUGGGACGACAAAGAUGCGUCCACGGUAGCCUCUGCACCACGAGUCGAAGCCCGCCUCGGGGAGUUGACUGAGAGGUUUGGUGUGAGGAGCAAGAUCGCAGAGUACCACAAGGAGUCCUUUCGUCGAGUUCGUGCGAGGGGCUCCCGCCGGGCCUUGCGUCUUCUUUGGGAAGACUUGAACUGGUGGCUGAUGAAGGAGCAUCGCGAGAUUGAAGGGCCCAUACCUGAGGAGGAGCGGUUGCGCUUGGCCGAGCGCUUCUUUGAUGAGUCUGCCCAGCUGGAGCUUCUCUCGCUGUGCCCUUCAGCGAUGCGAUCGGAGCAAGGCAUCGAUGGCGUGCUGAGGAUACUGCCUUUGCUGGCCAAGGUUGUCGGCGAGGGCAAGCAAGACGUGCACCUCCCCUCGGAAGAGGCGGAGGAGGACCCACAGCAGGCUUCAGGCUCUUGUCAUGGUGGAAAGAAAUCCGCGUCUUCAGGCAUUGAGUCUGAAUAG